AUGGAGAAUCCUCGCGGUCUAACUACACCACCCAAAUCACGCGGUUCGGACGGACCAAGCGAACCAGCGGAACCAAACGAACCAAACGAACAUGAGUCUGAAAUACUUCAAGCAGACGCGUCCAAACCAGAUGAUGAGCUUGAUGGAGCAGUUGCUGAAACUGGAGCGGACGACACAGGAGCAAACGACGCAGAAGCGAAUGACUCUGAUUCAUCACUUGAGGACCCUGACAUUCGAUCUCGACGACCUGACAUCCAUAAUGGAGGCGUAUCCAAUUCUGCAUACAACCCAUACGUACAUUCCGGCGAAAUUGUGAGAACCGCACGUCACGGACCAGACGGACGUCCCAUGUUCGUGUGGGUAACCCGGCUAUAUGAGCGCAGAAGCAUGAUAUACUAUCCCCGAAGCCUCUUUACGGGAAGACGUGGAGUGAAGAGGGGGGUGGUCACCGAACAGGUUUCUAACACUAUAAUGGUACACGGCGGCUUUUUCAGCAAGACCCUCAGAACCAAGACACAGCCUUACUAUGACGAGAGGGAAAUCUAUUUCGUUCAAGAGCGAACAAUGUGCUCGUACUGGAGACGGAAUCGUGUUAGAACUACUCCCCCUCCUGAUGUGGUUCGUAAAGUCAAAAUACCAGCCCUGCCAAUGUGA